CUUUUUUUUAUGGAAAGAAAGCCAAUAGGAUAGAAAUUAAGCAAUCUAAGUGCACUUAUUUAAAAAUAAUAACCAAAUAAGGAGUAUUAUUUAUAGAAUUACAAUUAGAUAAUAAGAUGAAUAGGAUGAAAAAUACACGAAAAUAUUCCCGAAUAUGAAUCAACCUUAAAAUCAAGAUAAUGGAUCUUCUAUAGAUCAAGAUAAAUUAAAAUAAGUUUAAAAUAUAAUCUAAGAUUAAAAGCAAUUUUAAGAGUAAAAAAUUAGACAUUAAAUAGUGAUAUAUCAAAACUUUUAGACAGACUAGGUAAAUUAUAAGAAUCCACUUCAUAAUAAUAAUCAAGGACUCCAAGUGUUUUAUAAUAAUAACCUCCUAGUUAAUAUGAUCAGACACCUAAUUAAACACCGAAUAAUCGAAUAGGAUAAAGUGCUUCCACUUUACCAAAAUAAAUAACACCAUAAUAACUUCCUUAACCUGUAUAACUAUUUCAAACUAACAGUCCAAUAAAUGAUUAAACCUACAGAAAUUUGAAGGAAUAAAAUGUUGAUUUAUUAAGAUAAGUAGCAUAAUUAUAACCUUUAGUUCAAGUUGUAAAUGAAGUAAUUAUUAAUCAAUAAGUUAGCUUAAAGGAGCUUUAUAAUAAACAAAUGAUAGAAUAAGAGAGUAGUAAAAAUAAAUUGAGUAAUUCAUAAAAGAAAAUAUGUAAUUAAAAUAGUAAGCCAUUUUAAACGAAUAAGAAAAAAUCAAUAAUAAAAGAUAAUUUGAUGAUAUCUUAGCAAAUAAUCAAUUAGCUCAUUAAAGAGAUAUGUAAGCAAUCAAAUUUUAAGCUCAAGAAAAUUUAAAUGGUUUAGAGUAAACAUGGAAACAGUAAUAUGUUUUGUUGAAAACUGAAUCUGAGGCUGUAAUAAACAAUCUUAAUGCUAAAUUAGCAAUCUAGCAAAAAGAUAAUUAAAAAUAACAAGAUAUUAUCAAUAAUGUAGUAAAUCAAAAUAAAGAAAUUUAGCAUAGUUUAUGUAAUUUAUUAUUUAUUAAUAUUAGAGGAUAGAAUUAAUGAUUUAAAUAUCUAUCAUUAAGCACUUGAAGAAAAAAAGCUAGAGUAUGAAAAACUUCAAAAUAGUUACAAUACUUCUUUAGAAAAAUAUGAAAUCAAUACUAAAUAAUUAAUUAAUUAAUAUUCUUAGAAGUAAAAGUAGUAAGAGUAAAUUAUUAAUGAAUUAAAAUAACAUAAUACUAUUUUGAGUUAGUAAAUGGUAGAAUUAGAUUAAACUCAUAAAUAGACUUUAUAAAGCUAAUAAAUUUAAGUUUAACACCAUAUAAAUGGAAAACUAGAAGAAGUUCAAAAAAUAAGUAUAGUUGAAAAGCAAUAACUAUAAUAAUUUUAUGAAGAUUAAAUGAAUAAAUUGAGUCAAGAUGUAUUAUAUAAAAAUAUCUUUAUUUUAGAAAGAAUCCCAUCUUAGUUAACAAAAAUAAUCAAUUCUAUUUUUAGAAUAAAAGAUUGCCAUUUUAGUUUAAGAAAAUAAGACUUUGGUUGAAUAAAUGAAUAAAAUUAAGAAAAAAGCAGAUAAUCUAGAAUAAGCUAUGUUAAAUUAAGAAGCUGCAUAUUAAAAUCUAACUAAAGAUUCUCAAUACAAAACUUUAUCACUAACAAAGCAAAUUUAAGAAUUAAAUUCAAUGAUAGGAAAUUCAAAUCAAAAUAAUUUUUAAAACUUUACUCGAAAAUCAGAUACUUUUGAUUCAAGUGAAAGAAUUUAAUAAUUAGAAUAAUAGUUAUCUUAUAAAAAAGAAGAAAUGGAUUUACUUUUACAUCAUUUAGAUUAAGUUUUUGAAAUUAAUAGAGAUUUUGAAAAUAAAAUUAAAACAUUGUAGGCUUAACUUGAAUUAAUGGAAGAAAAAAAUAAUCGAGAAUAAGAUUAAGGUAAUAUUUUAAUAAAGCAAUAAAAAUAAUAUAUUGAGGAAUUAAAAUCUUAAUUAGAAACUAGUUAAAAGCUAGAUAAAAAGAAAGAAUCUUAAAUAAAAGAACUUUAUUAAAAAUUAAAUGAAGAAGAAUAACUACGAAAGAAAUAAGGUGAUCAAAUAAUGAUGAGUGAAAAAUAAUAAUUUUAAGAAGUAAUAAAUAUUGUAAUUAUGAUAGUAAAUUAAAUAGCUAAAAAUUAAAAAUGUGGAACUUAUUAAUUAUAUUGAAAUCUUAGAAUAAAAUUAAAAAGAAUUAUAAGAGAAAUAUGAUUAAGCUAUAAUAGAAUAAAGUGAAUAAAAACAAGUAUAUAUUUAUGUAUAUAUUCAAUAGCGUUUUGAAGAUUAAAAAUAAAUCAUAGAGCAGUAAAUUUAAAUGUUAUAAAAGAAAAAUUUAGAUGUUUAAACUUCUCAACCGUUUUAUUAAAAAAGAGAUUUGAAAAAUAAUGAUUUAGAAAAAUAAAUGAAUGAUAAAGACUAAUAGAUCAAAUUGUUAGAAUAAAAAUUAAAGGAAAAUGAACGUAAAAUCAAAGAUUUUGAAAUGAAAUAAAAGGAAGUAGAAGAUAUAGAAAAUCAGAAUAAUUCGAUGCAAAAAUAUUAUGAAAAUAAAAUAAAAGAAUUAGAAUUGAGAAUUGGAACUUAUGAAGAUUAAGUAAAAAUUAAUAAUAAAUAACUUUCAAUUCAAUAAGCAAAAUUCAAAAAUUUAGAAUAAUAAUUAAUUGCAGCUGAAGAUGAUAUCUCAAGAUUAAAUGAAAUUAAGUAAAAUUUAGAGAAGUAAUUGACUGCAUAAAUAAAUAGUAAUAUUCCUUCUUCAAAAAGUAAUGGAGGAGAUCUCUAAAAAUUAUAAGAAAUAAAUUUACAUUUAACUGAAUAAAUUGAUCUAAUAAAGAAAGAGAAAUUAUAAUAGAGUUAAAAAUACGAAAGUGAAAUCAUUUCUCUUCAAGAUUAAAACUCUAAUAAUUUAGAGAUAAUUAAUUAACUCAAAAAAGAGAAACAAUAAAUAAGUGAUAAUUUAAAUAAUAAAAUAAUAAAUCUCUAACAAUAGCUUGAUAAUUUAUAAAAAUAGAUCAGCAGUUUAAAAUAAGAUAAAUUAGAUUUAAAUUAGGAAUAUUUAAGUUUAAAUGAGCAAAAUAAGAUUUUAGCAGAUUAAGUUUCUAAAUUAAAAAAAGAAAAAGCUCAAAUGACAAUGAAAUUAAUGAAUUCGGGAAUGGCUAAUUUGAUUGGAAGUUAAGUUUCAUAAUAUUCAGAAAAAAAUUUAUGA